AUGGGUAACCUUGAGUCUACCCUGAAUACAGAGGCGUCGCCAGCACCACCAACAUCAACAGAACCACCAGCAGCACCAGCAACCCCCUCCGCCGCCGCAGCAGCAGCAGCAGCAGCAGGAGAGGCCCCCUGUACUUUCGGUGGGGGCCCCCACUGCAGCGGCUCCCCGGUGCAGCGAGAGGGGGGGGGCCCCCUCCAGCCCCCCGCCCGUCUACCCAAGCUCGACCCCCACAGUGCGCUGCUGGGGAGGCCCCCCUCAACCAGCCCCCCUCUCCCCGUGCAGACGGCAGCAACCAGUCUCCCCGCUUCUAUACAGGGGACGGAGACAGACACAGACGUGGGGGCCCCUACCCCCAGCCCGCGAGAGAAAGGGGGGGGCCCCUGGGCCCCUCCAUGGGGCCCCCCACCCUCACAAGACGAGGCGGAGUUGCUAUGCCCUACACCGUAUCAGAGCCUCUCUGUAGAUCAGGGGGCCCCUGGGGGGCCCCCAGGGGCCCCCUGGGGGGGCCCCUGCACGAUAGCUGGGCGGCAGCAUAUGGCGAAUUUCGGUGAGGCUGUUGGUAGGGCCCUUACAGUUGGUGGGGGGCCCCCCAGCUGCAGCUCUCGUGCUGCUGCUGAUAGCAGCAGCAGCACGAGGUUCUCUGUACCCCCUUCUCUUCUAGCUUUAGAUGACCUCAUCCGCAGCAGCCUGGGGGGGCCCCCCCACCCAGGGCUACACACAAACAGCCCUGCUGCAGCAGCAGCAACAAGCAGCAGAAGCGCCAAGGUGGGCCCCUACGUUGCUCUUAAUAAAGAAAUAUAUGGGACCCUCAAGAGGGGCCCCCGGGGGCCCCCCUCAUCCACCAGUACCGGCGAAGGCUGCAACACUGAGGAGGGGGCCCCCACAGGGGGGCCCCCCAUGAAACGCAGUAACCGCGAGGCCCCUACAGAGACAGAAGGGGGGCCCCCUAACUGUCUAUCCAGGCCUUGUGCAACACCCAGCAGCAGCAGGAUAGACUGUCCCCUUCACGCGUUGCAGCAGCUGUCUCCUCGUCUACACGAGUGUUCGGAGCGGCUGGAGACCUCCAUAGAACACUUCUCUCGGGUCCUCGCCAACUGCAAGGGGCAGCUGAGGCCUGAGGAGAUGGGGGCCCCCAUGGGGGCCCCCUUGGGGGGGGCCCCCACUGGUGCUGCUGCUGCCGCUGCUGCUAAGGGAAAGGACGGCGCAGAGGAAGCGUUUGCUGCAGCAGCAGCUGCUGCUGCUGCUGCUGCUGCUGAUGCUGAUGCUGCAGCAGCAGAAACUAGGGAGCAGACAGGAGAGGAGAGCAGAGAUGAGAUAGAGCUGCUGCUCUCCUCCCGUCUUAUAUGCAAACACACUGCAAUCAGCACCAGCAGCAGCAGCAGCUGCAGCAGCAGCAGCAGCAGCAGCAGCAGCAGCAGCAGCAGCAGCAGCAGCAGAUAG